UUAGCCAAAACGAGAACGUCUACGUUUGCGGCAGCGCUUAGAAAACUAGCUAAACAGACAUCAGAUUCUUUGAUUGCAACCGAUUCUGGAUCUGCACCACAUUCCAUACCCUAUGGUCUCUCUGUCGCUCAUUCCUCUAACUUAAGUAAAAAUUCCAACAAUUCUUCGUUUCAAAGUCCAUAUCAAAGCUCAGCUAUACGUCAGUCACCGCCUAUCGUGACGAUCGCACCGAUUCCGGCGCAUCAGAUCGAUAGGAGUGAAAGUGAUAAUCAAUUAAGAAAUCAUUUGAGAAAAAGUGAUAAUCAAUCGUAUUAUGAGCACAGAAUACAUACCGAUCCCAAAGAGUCUCUUAUAUACUCUCAUUCCCAGCGAACAUCACCUAUAGUUCAAGUUCGGCCAUCCCCUUCUCACGUUCAUAACGAUAGUCUUAAUUCAGUUGGCAAUCAUUCAAUACUACAAAAUAAUGUCACGAAUCGUAUGCCUGGGUUUCAGCCCUACAGAAGUGGAUUAGAAGAUAGUUUGCGAAGUAAUUCUUCGACAUCUUUGGCAUCAGCACCACUGCCAUCACAUCUACUGCCUUAUGAUGCGAUGGCUUUUCCUUAUCACCCAUUCCUGCCUCACACUAAUCCUAAUCCACUGCCACAUCACGCGCCACAUCCAAGUGCUUCGUAUCGUAUGGGUGAUCCCUAUUAUAUGGAUCGUUUUGGUCUACUUAGAGGCCAAUUACAUGUGCCGUCAGCUCCACUACCAAUGGCCGGAAGCGGCACAACAUCUUCAGUGCCUUUCAAUUUAGUCCGUUAUUCAGAACUCUUGAACUCACAAACGGAAAGACUUAUUAACGAUGAAAGACAACGAUUGUUGAAUCAAACACUCACUCAAAGUGCACAGACUUCUUACAAACCCAAUACACAGACCAUUGAUAGUCCACCCAUUCAUAUGACGAAUAAUAAUGAAAAAUAUGGCAACAAUAGUGAGCACUUCUUAAUGAAUCACUCCAUGAAAAACCACUCGACUUCGGGAUCAAUACUUUCCGGAACUCCGAGAGAUGUGACUCCUCUGUCGGGUUCUUUUGGAAAUGGUAUUCGCAAACCUAACGGUCCAAACGUGUCAACCAAUAGACCGUUAAAUCUUUCGUCAGACAACGAACAACACAUUUUGGAACAGAAGUAUUUAUGGCGACCGCAAAGUGAUGGCCAAACAGAUCAUAACUCUUUCAAUCAAAGCCAUCGACUCAUGGAAUCGAAUAUUCAUCUCCAAAACAAAGACAGUGUUUUGGCUGAAGAUGUAAUGCAUAACAAAAAUUAUCGUAUAAAUAGUUUUCACUCAAAUUCUGACAGAAGUACUGAUAAAUUGAUAAUAACUGCUGACAAACAAUCGUCUGAAAGGAAUAACACGGAAGGCCUUCACUCAAGAAUUUUGGAGAAUUCAGAGAAAAACAGUUCCAAUCAAUCGAUACAUCAGUCGACACAAGAAGUUGUCUCUAAUAAAAAAGCGGACAAUUGUUCCAUAAAUGAAAAUGAAGUGAGAGUUGUAUCUAAACUAGAUUUGGAAGAAUUAAAAUUGAAACACAAACGAGAGAUUAAGUUCUUUGAAAACGGAUUCAGUAGUGAUUCAGAUGAAGAGAGCGAAGACAGUGAUGACAGUGAAGACAAUCGUUUUAAAUAUAAUAUAAUUCUUACCAAACGAUUGCCUUUAGAAUUGGAUACAAAUGAAGAGAAAAUGCAAUUUUUG